CAACGUCUAACGGAUGCGCAUCAACUACUUAAGUAGCUUUUUCAUCCCUUAAAACAUGUUACAUUUGAAGAAAAGAUAUUGAAAUAAUAUUUAGCUAAUCGCCAUUGAUAAAAUGGAUACCUACAAAGGCUUAAACCAGGGCAUAUUAAACAAAUAUAUGGAGCUUGACACAAAAGGUAAAAUUCAAGCAAACUACAUAUGGAUUGAUGGUUCAGGUAAAACAUUGCGAUCAAAAACAAAAACCCUUGACUACGAACCUGAAACACCCGAGCAGUUACCAAUUUGGAACUUUGACGGCUCGUCAACAGGUCAAGCAACUGGCAAAAAUAGUGAUGUUUAUUUACAUCCUGUGGCCCUUUUUCCUGAUCCAUUCAGAGAAGGUAAACAUAAGCUUGUACUCUGUGAAACUUAUACUUAUGAUCACAAGCCAACAGAAUCUAACAAAAGAAAAUCGUGUAAAUCUGUAAUGGAGCUAGUGAAGGACUCUCAUCCUUGGUUUGGCCUUGAGCAAGAGUAUUCUUUACUUGAUCGUGAUGGACAACCACUUGGGUGGCCAAAAGGUGGUUAUCCGGCUCCUCAGGGACCAUACUACUGCGCUGUUGGCACUGGAAAAGUCUUUGGAAGAGAAGUGAUGGAGGCUCACUACAGAGCAUGUCUUUACGCGGGAUUAAAAAUAGCUGGAGAAAAUGCUGAAGUUAUGGCAUCACAGUGGGAAUUUCAAAUUGGACCUUGCGAAGGAAUUGAAAUGGGAGAUCAAUUAUGGGUAGCUCGAUACUUGCUUGAACGAGUUGCUGAAGAUUUUGGAAUUGUUGUUACAUUAGACCCUAAACCAAUUUCUGGAAAUUGGAACGGUGCUGGUUGUCACUCAAACUUCAGUACGCUUGAAAUGCGACAAGAGGGAGGAAUCAAUAAAAUAAAUCAAGCUAUUGACUGGUUAUCAAAGAACCAUAAACAUCACAUUCGAUGUUAUGAUCCGGCUGGUGGUAAAGACAACGAAAGACGUCUAACUGGACAUUACGAAACUUCUACGAUACAUCAAUUUUCUCAUGGAGUUGCAAACCGUGGUUGUAGUAUUCGAGUGCCACGCCAAUGUGCAGAAGAUGGGUAUGGUUACUUAGAAGAUCGAAGACCUGCAUCAAAUUGCGAUCCAUACGUUGUCACAGAAGCACUUGUAAGAACAAUCAUAUUGAACGAAAUAGUUAAUGAAUGAAACAUCCUAAUUUUCAUACUUAAUUAAAAUGAAAAAAAAUUAGAUUAUUUUCAACUUUAUUGGAUUAUUUCAAAUUUAUUGUUAAAGUAAAGGAAACUUCACUAUACCUAAUACUUUAAUUUUUGGUUAAGCUGACAAAUGAGUUUUUGUUUAAGUUGACAAAUGAAAAACUAAAAACAGAUACUGCAAAAAAAAACAUUUAUUGCAAGUAUUUUUACGUUUAGUGAGGUGAGCCUUGGAAGUUGUUUAGUAAUUAUGACAUUGUGCUGUUUUAAAUUUUUUUACAAGGUUUUAAAGAAUUUUAAAUAUAU